AGUUGCGCUCGCCCUCCUCCCCUCCCUCAUGCUCGACCCUGGUAAUUCUGUCUUCGAGGGUCUGUGUAAGUGAAGAUAUUGAAACUAUGACAGGUGCCCCGGCAUCAUGUGGUUGCUGGCUCUCUCAGUAGAUGUGUUCCGCGAAGGCGUCUCCUUCAACCUGUAUUGCCGGGUCAUUCUGUAAAUUGGCCUCCAUUGUUGCCCUACUCGAGUCUUGAUUCUUUAGUCUGGGAAGUUUGAGACUGAGGAUCUGGUUGCUGCCGUUGCUGUGUGGAUUCUUUGGUUGCCUGGCAAGUCUUCCAAGAGGAACGGGCAGGGGUACUAAUGGUGUGGCAGCCGGUGGCUCACACGAGAUUCCGCGUGUUUAAACAUGAGAAUGGAAUCGCUGUGAGAGUUAUCGCUUGCUUCCAGCCGUCCCAAGAUUGCCAGGCCGAGUACUUCCGUCAUCUCCUUAAGCCCGUGACGUAGUUUCACUCCUCCCUCCCAUUUGCUGUUGAAUAGAACCAGUCCUGUUUUAAGUUUUUGUGGAGCGAAAGCAAAGCAGGAGAAUUUCCUGUUCAUCUCAAUUUUCUGGUGAAGAUCCUGUUUGCUGGUUGUCUCUUGAUGGGGGAGAAGGUUAAUCCCUGGUGCUAUUGGCCUAAUCCUCCAUGGACCGAGAGCUCUGCAAACAAUCUCCACCCAUCUGAUGUUAGCCACGAGAACACAAAUUCGAUGGCAUUCCCUACAUACCUGAACAGUGAUGGCUACAUCUAUCCUGGAGUUGCUGCAUCUAUGCCAUCUUUUGCGGCAUCUGUUGCUGAGAGACCUGCUUCAUUGUCUUCUAGAUUUGUCACAACCUUGGCACCCAGUGUGGGAAUGUCGACAGCCGAUAAUCUGAGAAAGAGACCUCUGGUUUUCUUUCAUAAUGAGAACAAUCCCUUUACUGUAGUCCCUCUCCUUCGCAAGGGGGUCUUGGAUGCAGUUCCAGAGCUCCAAGGUAGCAACGAAACCAAUGUAACUGAUGUUGGAGCACAGAAUACGGGGUGUAUGCAUGAGAACACUGAAGAGAUUGACGCAUUUCUGUGUUCCGACUCAGAUGAAGGGUUCUUGAAAGUGCAAGAACUCAACAAAAUCUGGAAAUACCCUAUGCAGAAUGACACCAUGAGUGUGGAGUCGGUAGCAAGUGCUGGUACUUCCCAACCAGCGAAGAAGAGAAGACUCAGCUCUGGUGCCGACAGGUCUGUUGUUGACACAGCCAGUUCAGCAAGGCCUGACCAUUCUGUUGACCAGAAACAUCUCAGCCAUGACGAUGACGCACAUUCCUGUUGUAUCGGUGAAGUGGAAAGCGAGCACCAGUUUUCUCUGAGAGAAGGAGAAGAAGCAGAAGGUGAUGACAGUCCUGAUGAUCGGAAGCGGAGAAGAGAGAGGAUCCAAGAGACUGUUGCUGCACUCAGAAAGAUUGUUCCUGGAGGCAUUGCCAAAGAUGCCACGGCUGUUCUUGAUGAAGCGAUAUGCUAUCUGAAGUAUCUAAAACUCAAGGUCAAGACACUCGGAGCUGUUUCCCUCUAGCUCCUCAAUGGACAGUUCUGUCCUGGUUCCUGAACCCAAUGCUUAUUUAUCCGCAUAUACACAAGUAAUGAGCCACAGCUAUACCAGCAAUAAGGUGAAAUGAAACUGAGCUAGUUCCGAUUGAUGAAAGAAGGAAAGCUUCCAAUGAUGGUGCUUUGCUUACAAGGGUCCAAUGAUUUGAGUGGUUACAAGGAGUAUAUAUCCAGUAUUGCAGUAUAUUACUUCAAUUGAUGCUGGCAGCCAUGUACUCCAUCCAUCUUCAAGUGUGGAGCAAGCUGCUGUCAUCUUUCUUCAGGGAGCAGUUGCAUUGCCUCUUGUAGGCACCUCAAAAAAGGCCCUCAUGGCGUUGAUGGCGCAAUAAGUAACACAGUGAAGCUAAGCUAUAAAGAUCUUUUUUUUGCCCUCCAUUGUGGUGUGAUCCAAAGCAAAGGAGGGGAGAGAUGGGGGGGGGGGGGGGGGGGGGGGGGCAAAGCAAGGAAGGAAGAAUGAAUGAAGUCCAUGCAAAGUGCAGUGCUGGUGCUGCAUGCGUCGGUGGCUUUUGACCCCCUCCCAAAGGUGAGAUGAGCUGAGAUGGGGGCCGCGACUGCGAGGUAGUAGUUCGGCUUCGGCUCGGUGUGUGGUGGCGUGUCCAGCAGCAGAUUGUUCUUUCUUUCACUUCUGCCUUUCUACUAGUACACUACAUAUAUUUGCUUUAUAUGUAUAAAUACCACGUAUGUCUGCGUGUUUGAUCC